UUCUCCUUUCCUCUUAAACUUGUCGUUUUGGUUAAACACUCUGAAAGCUGAGCGCUUGUAAAACACUGAUUAAUUUGUGAUUAAGCUAAGCUCUAUCUUAAUUUCGACAUUUUCAUUUUUAUUAUUAGAGGGAGAGAGAUCCCAGUCUUUUAUGUUUUUUGGCACUAAUAAACACAAAGAAUCAAAAUGAUGUCUCCAAGGCAAGUCUCUGAAGAUCUUCGCGCUGGAUCUUCCCAAUUCAGGCACACCCCUUUGCAGAUAAUCCAUAUAAUUGGCAAUUUCAUGAGAAUAUGGUCAGUUUACUCAAUGUACCGCUAUUUGAAUCAGACGGGAGCACCAGUCAUACUUUUUCUAUUUUGUUGUCUGGUCCCUGCAUCAAUCCUUUUUCUAAUAUUGCAAAAACCUUGGAAGGGCAGGCCACUCUCAAAUCAGCAGGUAGUGCCUUCUAUAAUAAAUGGUGGCAUAACUGCUUUAUACUUCAUUAUGUGGGGAAAAGGCCUCAAAUCAUGUGGACCAGUCAGAGCUAUUUUGGCAGAGUAUUCUGGUGCCGUUCUUGGGGUAUUGUCUGCAGUGUUAUAUGGGCGGAGAGGCCAUCUUUGGAAGAAGGUAGGUGGGCUUAUUGCAAUGUUGGCAUCUUUCUACUUACUAGCUCAGGGGUGGGCCAUGGCAACAUUUUCUCCAUUCUCAUGGAAAGAUAGCCCUGAUGCUGAGGUUCAGACAGAACAAGUGUUGGGUAUGAAAGAAAUGGUAGUUCCCAUUUUUGCUGGAAUCUUAUCGGCAUUGAGAAGAGUGAUUGCACGCCGUGUUUCUCUCAAGAAUCAACUUAAAAGGCGGCUUCAUGCCAUAACUAUUGCUUCUGCAACAUGUUUUCUAUUUCCUGCGGCCAUGUGGAGCACAAUCGUAGGAUCACCUUCUGGUAGUAGUGUGGAGCUGCCAUUCUCUACCUGGGCUUUUUUGAGCACUAGUUUCUUUGGAAUUAUCUUGAUAUUCUAUGUUGACAGUAUAGCAGAAGAAAGAUUACUCAUGGUUUUUUCUUCGCCGAGGCAUUUGAUGGCAGCUGGAGGAUGCAUCAUCGUCAUGGAGAUUGUGUACAAAAUGGACUUUUCCUUAACGGGCUUCCUGAUUUGCUGCUUAAUUUUAGGCUUUGGGAUAUAUGAGGCAACUUCUUUGGAACGUACAAGGAAAGAUUCUUUACAAAGUUCUGAUUUAUCAAAUGGGGUGUUAGACGACCAAAUUCAGAUGUCUUCUCUUCCAACUUGAAUUGUCAAUCUUUGAGUUUGUUUAUAUCGCAAGCAAUUUUGUUGGCAGUAUGUGUAGCGGCCAUGUUGGUUCUUUAUAUACAGAUUGUGAUUAGCAGAAAGGAAAAAUAUAUCUUGCAUCAGUCAUGGGAACUCCUGGAAAAUACUUGGUUUCCGAACUGCUAGGAGACACCCAAGCAUAUUGUUGGUUGUUCAGAUGUUGAUGUGGCAUUUUGGGAGAUUGAGCAGUGAUAUCAGUGGCUUUAUCAUAUUGGUCUAUACAGUUUCAGUUAAAAUUACACUUACCUGCUGAAAGAAUAUACCUGCACUAACCUAGGAUUCUGUGAGGGGUGAGGGAUAGAAUCUCUUAUCUUGCAAUUAGUUGAGUUACAAGGUAUCCAAAUUGUUGUAUAUUGAGUGCUACUCACCUCAUCGGCCAUGUGACAUUUUUUGUUAACCAAUGGACUCUUCUUGUAAUUGGGUUUCUUUAGUGUACCCAGCACUGGAGAAUUAUUGAUUUUUAAUUAUUUAUUUAUUUUCAGUCU